GAAUCCCGCUGUACAAGUUCACGUCCAUCCGCCGAACCCUGUCAGAGCUGGGGGGCCCCGUGGAGGACCUGAUCGCCAAGGGCCCUCUCUCCAAGUACUCCCAGGAGAUGCCCGCCAAGACUGGGACUCCCGUCCCUGAGAUGCUUAAGAACUACAUGGACGCCCAGUACUAUGGGGAGAUUGGCAUCGGGACGCCACCCCAGUGCUUCACGGUGGUCUUCGACACCGGCUCUUCCAACCUCUGGGUGCCCUCGAUCCACUGCAAGCUGCUGGACAUCGCCUGCUGGCUCCACCACAAAUACAACAGCGGCAAGUCUGUCACCUAUGUGGUGAACGGCACGAAGUUCAGCAUCCACUACGGCUCGGGCAGCCUCUCCGGGUACCUGAGCCAGGACACUGUGUCGGUGCCCUGCAAUCCAGCCAACUCCACGCGUGGCGUCAAGGUGGUGCGGCAGGUCUUUGGGGAGGCCACCCAGCAGCCCGGCAUCACCUUCAUCGCGGCCAAGUUCGACGGCAUUUUGGGCAUGGCCUAC